CGAAGCUACCACAAACACUUGCCAUUGAGGUGAGGCGUGUUGUAUGCCAUACGGAAUAUGUAGCUGUUUGAAAACAUGGAAGAUCCUCCCAGACUUCUGAUCCGGGAGUCUCGAAAACUAAACCCACACUUUUGAACAAAGGUAUUCUUCACGGAAGUAUCACAAACAUACGCCAGGCGCGGCCAACAUGGGCAAGCCACCAUUUUUUAGUAAGGAGGAGGAGGUUGCUACUGAGGCACCCCCACCAUAUACGCCAUCCGCCAACGUCAAUAACUUUGCCGAGCCCUCGUCGCAGCUGGCCCCCGUAAACCGCCAGUUCCCGCCGUGGUUCAACCUAUACAGCGGGGGAGCCUUCAGCUCAUCCUUCACCCUAGGCGAGCACAGGCACCAGCCCCUCUACUCGGUAACGCUCCACACCGGCUUCUCGGGCAACCCGGACGUGGUCCUCCACGCGGGUUCGGACAAGUCGUCGCCGCCCCUGGCCACCGCCAACAGCAAGACCAUGUCCAGGCACAUGACCAUCACACUUCCGCCGCCGCUGCCUUCCGGCGCCGGCGCCGGCGCGGAGGAGCGCCUGACGGGCCGCGUGUCCGGGCGCACCUACACCUUCGACAUCGAGGUCGGCGACGACGCGGGGCGCCGCGAGCCGUUCGAGUGGCGGCACUCGGCCGGGGACGCGGUGCGGGCCCUGGGCGGGCAGUCGAACGGGUGGAAGCUGGUGCGGAUGGGUGGGGGCGCGGGCGUGGGCACGGCCAUGAGUGGGCCGGCAGCCAGCGACGGCAACGAGGUCGUGGCCGUGUGGGCCCCGUACGUCAUGAGCUUUUCCAAGGCAAUGUGCUUUGGCUUCCUCGGCAGCGGCGCGUCGGGCGUCCUGGGCGAGCGGUGGGCCGUCAUGGCGGUCAUUACGGCGCUGGGGCUCUGGGAUCUGGACAGGAAGAACGGCAGCGCGAGCGCCGCGGCGUCUUAGUUGCUUCUUCCGGCGUGCAUGAUACCCAUUUGUUUCCCUUCCAUGUUACUUUAGACGGAAUGGCAAUCGCGAGAGACGUUCU